CCCCAGGCUGGGGAGAUGGAAGAACAGGUGUUCAAGGGGGACCCAGAUACCCCUCAUUCCAUCUCCUUCUCGGGCAGUGGAUUCCUCUCCUUCUACCAGGCCAGGGUGGUGGAUGCCUUUCAGGACCUGACCCCCCGGAUGCUGGAAACGGCCCAUCGCUUUGCUGGGACGUCGGCAGGUGCGGUGAUUGAAACCUUGGCCAUCUGUGGGAUUGAAAUGGGUCUGGGAGAGGGAAAAGCGGCCCUGUACUGCAGCUGCUUUGUCCCUGUGUACUAUGGCCUCUUUCCUCCAACUUACCGUGGCAUGUGGUACAUCGACGGGGGCUUCUCGAGCAUGCAGCCCUGCUCCUUCUGGAUGGACUCCAUCACCAUCUCUACCUUCAGUGGUCAGCAGGACAGCUGCCCGCGGGACUGCCCCGCCAUCUUCUGUGACUUCCGCAUGUUCAACUUCUUUCAGUUCUCCCUGGAGAACAUCGCCAGGAUGACCCAUGCCCUGUUCCCCUCAGACCUGGUGAUCCUGCACAAUUAUUACUACCAAGGGUACGAAGAUGCUGUUUCGUACUUGAGGCGGCUGAAUGCUGCUUACCUUAAUUCUCCUUCCAAGAGAGUGAUUCUCCCCUGGGUAGAAGUGUACUGCCAGAUAGAACUCGCCCUUGGGAAUGAGUGCCCUGAACACUGUCAACCAAGCCUCCAAACAGAGCGGGCCAGUCCAGAAGAAUCCAGACAACUUCACACACAAUGGGCUCCCAAAGGGGAAAGAAAAGGUGGCCGUGGUCCAUCUCUGUCCCCACCUGUGCAGACACCUGAAUCCACAUGUGAGUGGCCUGUGGAGUCACCUGUUUCACCACCUGCAUCGCCACUGGCCUCAUCACCAUCACAUUCUCCAACUGACUUGCCACCUGUAUCACUCCCAGCUGUGCACUUCCUCCCCAGCUCAACACCUGGCCUGUCACCUGUAUCACCAUCACAGCAGGUACAACUGACUGGAUCACCACCCAUCCCCCCACCCCAGUCAUCUGUGUCAUCCAGGACGUCCCUGGGGCCUUCCGCUGUGGGGACAUCUCCAACAUUGCCCCAGUGUUCUUCUUCAGCAACACCUGCACAGCCACCUGUGGAGGAACUGGGCCCAGAACAGCCCCAAGGAAACUGUGAGCCGAGGGAGAAAACUUGAGCUGGAAUGGGAGAGAACCUGACGGCCGCAAGGCCAAGGCUUCUCCCUGCUGCUCUCAGACGCCCUCCUCUCACCCCAGGCCUUUUGGGGACCUGCGUGCCACCCACUACCAAACCUGUUGGUGUAGAGGGUCCAGCUUCCCCCAGGCAAGAGCCUUCUUGUCUAAACAUCCUCCCAGCUUCCCUGCAGUCCUUCCACUACUCUGCUCUGGACAGACAGAUGGACGUCAGCACAGACGGGCACUGAAGAGCGAGCAGCACAGCCUCCUCCCAGCUGGCUGGGCUCUGGGCCUUCCUCCCAACCUAGCCUGAGUUCACUUCUUCAAGAUCCUACUAGCCCCCCAGGAUCUCAUCCACAGGGCAAAACUGUUGGGGGUCAGGCAGAGCUGAGCCAUGGACACUCUUUCCUGUUUCCUGUGGUGUCAAGAGACCACAUCUUCUUCUAUUGCUUGUUUUUUGUUCACACAGCAUACAAAAGGCUUGACUUGGAACCAGUGGGCUCCACCUCAGCCACUCAUGGAAGUCCC